AUGUCAACUGACGGCGCGAAGCGUAAUUUGAUUAUUGUGUCCAACCGACUGCCCGUGUCCGUGAAGAAAGUAGAUGACACCUAUGAGUCUUGUAUUUCAAGCGGAGGACUGGUCACGGCACUGUCAGGAUUGACCAAAUCGACCCAAUUUCGAUGGUUUGGCUGGCCAGGCAUUGAAGUGAAGGAUACCGAAGACAGACAAAAAGUGUGCCAGAGUUUGGGAGAACACAAUGCCUAUCCGAUUUUUCUGGACAGCACUUUGGCCCAUGAACACUACAAUGGAUUCUCUAACCGGAUCCUAUGGCCUAUUCUUCACUAUCAAUCGGGGGUACAGUUCGACGACGGGCCAUGGCAGGCAUAUAAACGGGUGAAUGAACUAUUUGCAGACGAAAUUGUCGAAUCUGCUGAGAAUGGGACCUUAAUAUGGGUUCAUGAUUAUCAUCUGAUGCUUCUACCGGAGCUUCUGCGAUCACGACUUCAACAGCAAGGCAAGUCUUGCGCAAUCGGGUUUUCACUACACACCCCAUUUCCAGCCGGGGACUUUUGGAGAAAUUUGCCCGUACGAAAACAUCUCAUCGAAGGGUUACUGGCUAGUGAUUUACUUGGGUUCCACACAGACGAGUACAAACAAAACUUCAUCGACACAUGUGCAACUUUAUUGGGUGCUCGUACUGAAAUACCCAAUCAGAUACAGUAUAAGAACCGGUUGGUCUGUAUUGGCAAGUUUAUUGUUGGUAUCGACCCCAACAAAUUCACCGACACACUGCAGAAUCCAGAGGUUAAAUCGCGCAUUCAAAGCCUCGAGGAAAAAUACAAGGGUGUGACGAUUAUAGUUGGUGUGGAUCGAUUGGAUUACAUCAAGGGUUUAACGCAGAAACUCAAAGGCUUUGAUGCUUUUUUGGAUGAUCACCCAGAACUACGAAACAAAGUGGUUCUUAUCCAAAUCGCAGUUCCUAGCCGUGAAGAUGUCAAAGAAUACCAGGAGCUGGAAACUGAGCUGAGUACCUUAGCGGCCACCCCCGAGGGUACACCAUUGCUGUACAUGCACCGGUCGGUUCCUUUUACGGAGCUAGCUGCCUUGUAUUCUAUCGCAGAUGCAUGUCUAUUGACCUCUACUCGAGACGGGAUGAACCUAGUUUCUUUCGAAUAUGUUGCCUGUCAGGAAAAGCGCCACGGGGUUCUCGUGCUGUCCGAGUUUGCUGGAGCAGCUUCCUAUAUGCGGGAAGGCAGCAUAUGCUUCCACCCUGCGAAUAAAACCGAGAUGUCCGAAGCCAUAUACAACGCUCUUCAUUUAGAUGAUACAGAGCGCAAGAGGAAGUAUGAGCUUCUUCGAGACUUUGUCCAUAAGUAUACGAGUGCUCAAUGGGGCCAGACAUUCAUUGAAAAGUUGAACUCGAGAGCAGGGGAUGGGGCAAGCAAGAGCUGCUCGUAG